GAAUAUCGUAUGCGUCGGCAGUGGCAAUUGGGGGAGGGCGAGGGCGGGGACAAAACGGAGGGAGGGCAGAAGAGCAGAAGAGCAGAAGAGCGAAUCUGUGAUUAGGAUUUUAGCGAUGGUUUGGCUCUCGUCUUUCGGGUCCGGCUUUUCGAUCUCAUAAUGGCUGUUUCUCGUCUCUCGCUGGCCUGGGCUCAUCAUCGAUGCCCAUGAUCCUCCCCCGCCCCCGCCCGCCCAUCCAUCGACCUCCCUCAGCUGCUGCCACUCUCGUCGUCGUCGUUGGCGCUGCAGCUUCUGCUGCUGAAGCGGUUGUCCGUCCGUUUGCAGCAGAUUUUGAAGAUUGCAGCGUGAGUGCAUCGAGCCUCCAUCGCAGAAGGGUCUGCGACGGAUUGGAGGAAUCGAGAUGGUAUCUCAGGCUCUCGCGAUGUUGCAGCCGCAGGCCUGCUGCGUCAGCAGUUCGAGGUGUGCAGGAUUGAGCGGAGCAGCGUUUUCCUCUGCCUCUGGAGUGAAGAGUAUCGUCUCAUCUUACGCGGUCAGCAGGCGCGAUGGUAGGGCGCUCUCUUCGAAAGCUGCUGCUUCCAAAUUCGGGAGCUCUUUCUUGAGUGGCCCGGCGGUGUCACGAUCGGGGCUGUUUCCACUGAAUGCAAGCUUGAAUUCUCGACUCGAGGAGCGCAGGCCUAGGAAGGGUAGCCUUGUAGUCAGGGCAUCCGCAGUAGAGAGUGGUGCAGAUGAAGGUGCUGCGCCCGAUGGAAGCACUAGUCCUGUGGUCCCCGCUCAACCCUCGGAGCUUGCCAAGACUUUGCAGCUCGGUUCUCUUUUCGGACUCUGGUAUCUUUUCAACAUUUACUUCAACAUCUACAACAAACAGGUGUUGAAGGUGUACACUUUCCCUGUGACAAUGACAAAUAUGCAGUUUGCUGUUGGAGGAGUAAUUGUGAUGAUCAUGUGGUUGACAGGUCUUCAUAAACGACCCAAAAUCACAACCUCUCAGCUAUUGGCCAUUCUUCCGCUGGCCAUUGUGCACACAAUGGGUAACUUAUUCACUAAUAUGAGUCUCGGCAAAGUCGCUGUUUCUUUCACCCACACGAUCAAAGCCAUGGAGCCCUUCUUCUCUGUUCUCCUUUCGGCAUUGUUCUUGGGAGAGGUUCCAAAUCCCUGGGUGGUGGCCUCUCUUUUACCAAUUGUUGGUGGAGUGGCGCUUGCUUCAUUGACAGAAGUUUCUUUCAACUGGGCUGGUUUUCUGGCUGCAAUGGCUUCCAAUGUAACUUUCCAAUCAAGAAAUGUCCUAAGCAAGAAGCUUAUGGUCAAGAAGGAGGGCUCUCUGGACAACAUUAACUUAUUUUCGGUGAUCACGGUUAUGUCUUUCUUCCUGUUGGCUCCAGUCACGUAUCUAAUGGAGGGAGUCAAGUUUACUCCUGCCGUCAUUCAAGCAGCUGGUUUAGACGUGAAGGUUAUCGCCACGAGAGCUCUUCUGGCAGGACUAUGCUUCCAUUCGUAUCAACAGGUAUCAUAUAUGAUUCUUCAAAGAGUGAACCCUGUUACCCACUCAGUUGGAAAUUGUGUCAAGCGUGUGGUUGUGAUUGUAACAUCAGUCCUCUUUUUCAAGACUCCAGUAUCUCCAAUCAAUGCUCUUGGAACUGGGAUUGCAUUGUCUGGAGUAUUUGCCUACUCAAGAGUAAAAGCUCUAGGCAAAGGUAGCAAGAAGGAGGAGAAGAAAGAGGCUUAGAGAUUAAAAUUUUGAAGCAACAGGCAAUCUCUAGACUCGAAAUCCUGCUUUGUCAUUUUUCCUUAACAGUUCCAAGAUGUUUUGCGAGUAGAAUCUUGCAAAGAAGGAACCGCACGGGAACUAAGUGUACUUUUUGGAGCUUGUCCAGUCCGAGAGUGAAAAUGCUAUUCAGACCACCUUGUAUGAAGGUUUGCGGUGAUUGAUAUCUUGUGAU